AUGUUUAGAGGUAGAGCUCCAGAGUUGAUAGACAACUUAAAGAGCGAGUUUGAGAAUUUAACUCAUGAUUUGGUUACCUUAAAGCAUCAAAGAGAUGAAUAUGAUAGAAAGUUUGCUGCACAGAUACAAGAACUUCAAAGUAUGCAACAAACUUUGGCAGAAUUGGAAAGACAACACCAAAGAAUGAAACAACAAUAUGAAGAAGAGAUUAUGAGAUUAAAGAGACUAUUAGAGGUCAAUGGAGGAAGAGAGUUGAAUAGUCCAAGCACAUUCAGACCUAAUAGCCCUGCUCCAAACUCUGCAUCGGCACAAAGAAAUACACCAACACCAACUAUACCAGACAAACGUCAAGGAAGACAAAGAUCUGGAUCAGGUGAAUUCAACUAUCAACAACCACCCCCACAACAACAACAACAACAACAACAGCAACAGCAACAACAACAACAACAACAGCAGCAACAACAACAACAACAACAGCAACAACUAAGUGCAUCAUUUCCACCACUCAGCAAUAUCGAACAAAAUAGACACAAGGAGAAAAAAGAAUUAGAGCCAUUAUCAGAUAUGUCUCAAAGAGAAAACAUUCCCGAUGAAUCUAGAAGAAGACAAUCCGAAAUGGAUAUCGAUGAAAAUGGCAAAGAUAAGGCCAAUGGAGCCGAUUGGCUUGUUGGUUACAAUCCAAACGUACAAACAAAUUUAAACAUAGAUUUGAUGCACAAUCUCACCCACAACAGUGUAGUAUGCUGUGUAAAGUUUAGCAACGAUGGAAAAUACUUGGCAACUGGAUGCAACAGAAGCGCUCAAAUUUAUGAUACUGAUACCGGAAAGAAAUUACAUAACUUUUAUGAUGAUAGUGAAAGAGAAGGUGAUCUUUAUAUUAGAUCUGUUUGUUUCAGUCCAGAUGGAAAAUACUUGGCUACAGGUGCCGAAGACAAAACUGUCAAGGUUUGGGAUAUCGCUCAUAAAAAGAUUCACCAUAUAUUCACUGGACACGAACUCGAUAUCUAUUCUUUGGACUUUUCUCAAGAUGGAAGAUAUAUUGUAUCUGGUAGUGGUGACAAGAAAGCAAAGAUUUGGGAUUUAAAGGAUGGAAAGUGUUUGUUUACUUUGGGUAAUGAAGAGGUUGGACCAAAGAAUGGUGUUACAUCUGUAGCAAUCAGCCCAGAUGGUAGAUUGGUAGCAGCAGGUUCACUAGAUAACAUUGUUAGAUUGUGGGAUGCACACUCUGGAUACUUUUUGGAACGUUAUGAAGGUCAUUUGGAUUCAGUAUACUCUGUAGCCUUUUCACCAGACGGAAAAUCAUUGGCCAGUGGCAGUCUUGAUAAAUCACUCAAACUUUGGGAUCUCUCUGGAUCUAGAUCAAGAUCAAGAUGCAAGGCAACCUUUAAUGGACACAAAGAUUUUGUUUUAUCUGUUGCCUUUUCUCCAUGUGGCAAUUGGCUCAUCUCUGGUAGCAAGGAUCGUUCAGUCCAAUUCUGGGAUCCACGUUCUGUCACUACUCAUAUGAUGCUACAAGGUCACAAGAAUUCGGUCAUUUCUGUAGCACUUUCUCCAAAGGGAGGCGUAUUUGCCACUGGUAGUGGUGACUUUAGAGCUCGUCUCUGGAAGUAUGAUCAAUAA